GGACUGGUAUCUCCACCGUUGUUGAAAAUAACACCUUUGUGCUGUUUUGGUUGUUAUUGCUGUUGACGUCAUCUUUGACUAUGUUGUUGUUGUUGUUGUUGCUGAUAUUGUUGUUGUUGUUGCUGGCCUCGCUGCCGUAUCAUGAUUUUCACUCCCCACCCCCUUGUCAUCGUUGGUGAUGAUGUUGUUAUCGGUUGCUGUUGUUGUUGAUGUCGCAACUGUUGAUGUUGUCAUCAUCGCCGCUGCGGACGCCGUCACCGCCGCCGAUGUUGCCGCCAUUGUUGGUGAUGAUGGCGCUGCCACAUUUGUUGUUCUUGUUGUUAUUGCUGCCGAUAUUGCUGAUAUUGGUAUUGUGGUGGUUGUUGAUGUCACCAUUGUCACCUUCGUCGCUGUCUACUCGUCUUUCGUUUCGUUCCCGCCCGCCGUCGUGAUCCACUUGCAAUCUGCAACCUUCUCGCUCAUCUCACCCAUCUCCUGCCGAUCCUCCAGCAGAUUGCGCAGGUUGCGACCUUUUGUAGAAAGUGCUUUUCAGGCCCCCAUCUUAUCAUCCACCCCUGUCCAAUCGAUGUACUCUUCGAGCCGGGGAUCCGGCUCCUCCUCCAGCUCCCACAUGAUCUCCUACAUGUCCUGAUCCAGCCUUCCAACCACUGAGACAGAGAGGUCCCCCCCCUUCGACCUCUGAAGACAGUGCCGUCACAAUCGACUGCAGCCGCAAACAU